UUAUUUAUUAGGCUAUGGAUUUGAUGCAUACCACCAUCACCGCUUGCGAUGGGUUAUUGUUUCGUGACUUUUGGAAGCAAGGUGUUGCGGUUUGGAAUCCGUGGUUGAGACAGGUUGGAUGGAUCGAGUACGAGGAUAAAGGUUUCCAUUUUUGCGGUGUAGGAUACGAUAGUUGUAAACCCGAAAAGAGUUACAAGAUCUUGGGGUAUUUUAAUUGUCUCCGUAAAGUCAGCGACACUUACCAUUGGCCCAUCAUGGCACCUUUGUCCUUGAACGGGAAUCUCUAUUGGCUUACUCAUGAACCUGAGACUUAUAAGUAUUUCAUCCGAAGCUUUGAUUUCUCCAAGGAGAUAUUCAAACCUUUUUGUCUCCUGCCCUGUCUAAAGAACCGUUCUCGAGAUGAACUUGUCCUCGCGGUUUUUAAAAGAGAUCGGUUUUCGUUGUUAAAGCAAUGUAAUGUAACAGGGAAGAUUGAUAUUUGGGUAACGAAGAAGAAGAUUGAUGGAGAGGAAGUAGUGUGGAUAAACUUGAUGACUUUGCCAACAACUAACUUGUCUAAGUUGGUUAAUAAGUUUUGUGGCAUUAGUUACUUCAUCUAUGACAAGACCCUAAUCAUGUGUUGUGGCGACCACCAAACUGGAGCCGCUUGCAUCUAUUUUGUGAAGGGAGAUAUAUUCAAGAAGAUUCAAAUAGAUUCCGGUAGUGUUCGGUUUUCUCACUGUGUCUAUCUUCCAAAUUUGUUAUCGGUUCCUUUAUAAUUCAGAUCGCUACAAGUUUAAAUGUUGGAUUUUCUUGCUUUAUUACAAAUCUCAAUUCGUUUCAGAAGUAAAUUCUCUUCAGGGAACAGCUAAUACAAAGUUUAAAUUUCUUAUUUGCUCUGUUUUCAUGUGGACUGACUUGGAAAUAAAUAUGAACCUUCUU